AGAGGCCAACAGAGGGCGCCAACUAACACCUAGAAAUCCAACCAAAUCUAACCUUCACAAGGACUUAAGAAUUCAUGCACAAAUUCCACACCAGACUGAUGUCACGAUUGAAAAAUGCCUCUAAGGGUUAAACAGCUUUUCAAUUGAGUGUUUAGUGGAGCGAAAGGGAACGAUCGUUGCUGCACGAUUGAUUGGCUCAGGCUGCGUGGGGUCACACCUCCGCAGCGGGACCGCGGAGGCUCAUCAGCGAGCAUUCGCCAGGACGCCAGUUGCAAGUGAGCAAAACAUUCGCUCUUCAUCGGUGUCUGACGAGAGGAAGAGGAGGGGGGAGGAGUGUCGAGGGAGGAGAGAAAGCAAGCGGGCGAGGGAGGAGAAUCCGCUCGGAAGGAGACAGACGGGAAAUCACGCAGGAGGAUGCUCGACCACAUCAGACCAUCAUCCAGGAGGAACACAACAAAUCAGCACUGUUCUCCUUGAAGCUACAUUCCUACGUCUCUGGUGUCUUUUGUUCCGAGGGGGGGGGGGGGCGGAGCGGGAUUCCAGUUUUGAAGACCAUGAGUGAGGCCAAAAAAGGUGAGCUGGCCAUCCGAGAUAAAGCCAUCCUGCACCAGCAGCGCCGUCUCAAGCAGGCCACGCAGUUCACGCACAAGGACUCGGCUGACCUGCUGCCCCUGGACGGUCUCAAGAGACUGGGAACGUCUAAAGACCUGCAACCCCACAGCAUCGUGCAGCGCCGCCUCCUAGAGGGCAACAUCACGCGGCUGCGGGGCGAGGCCCGAGACCCCGCCGCCCACGUCCGCUCGCCGCUGGCCGACGACGGCAAGGACGGGCAGGCGGACGGUGAGGACGAAAGCGCCGACGACUCCUCGGCCGAGAGCGACAAGAGUCUGCGAUCGGACGAUGACGGCGGCGACGCGGCGGCGGCCUCCGAAACGACACGUCUCGCCGCUCUGCGCGUUCACGGCAAGUGCUGCGAGCGUCGAGUGACACUUUGGUUAAACACCAACAGCGUAGACAACCACAUCUCGGCGUCCUGCUGCCAACGGCUUGGGCUCUCGGGGACCGGUUGGGUCCAAAGCGGCUCGGUGAACGACCUCAAGCUUCAGCUGGGCUCAAAAACCAUCCAGUGCUCUGCUUUGGUCCAAGAGGACGAGACGUGCGAGCUGAGCCUCGGCCUGCGCACUCUGCUCAAACUCAAAUGCUGCCUGGACCUGAACCGCCAGGUUUUGAAGCUAGGGGGCGACGCUGAGGAGCUUCCCUUCCUGAGUGACGAAAAACCCGAUAGCGCGAAAAAGGUGUGAGCGCCCCCCCACUGCCGCAUCGCAACGGUUUGGGACCGCCUGGGCCGCAAGCGGUUCACGCCGCCAGAGCCCGGAUGAGCGUUAGCCGCGCAAGAAAUUAGCCUGAGCCCAUGUGUGUUAAUUGGCACUUUUCUAUCAAUUAAUUUGAGAUUAUUGAGAGAAUGGGAGGUUUUUUGUGACUGGAAUUCAAUGAAUCAAUUUCGUUGGCCUUGCCUAAAUGUUAGCCUAGCUUAGUGUAAGAACGAAAAUCGGACUCCCAAUGAGUAAAAAUUCUAAAUCGAAGGCCAACUAACUAGCAGUAGGCUAUGCUAGGCUAAUUAGCGUAUGAACUCACACAGGAAGCAACUGCGCUCACCAAGUGUUUAGACAUCCCUCUACCUCCUCGACAAACAACGACAGAAGAAUUUAAACUGACCUUUGAAACCAGCCGCACACUCUGCGACCUCAUCCUUCCGUAUUUAAACCAAAAGAAUUCAGGCUGAUAUUUUUCAAGACAUACACUUCAACCAAAAAUUCCCAACUGAACAUUGUACGAAUUAUCGUUCAUUUCAACAAUUCAUUGAUUUUAGUUCACAUGCAAUUUCUCCAGAAAUUGUUUUGUCGCUCGGUGUGCGGCUGGCUUCAGCAAAUCCUCCAAAUAAAAUUAGCUCGUCACACGUUUAUAUCCGAGUCACACUGAGAUGGGAAAACAUUCCAUGUGCAUGACGUUGUGGCGUUCCGCCUGCAUGUUCGUGUACUUGUCUGAUUGAGUGAACCACGGGAGUGUGUGUGUGUGUGUGUCUGUGAAUGUGUGCAUGUGUGUUUUUCUGGCUCACACAAAAAAAAAAGAAAAGCCGAGCGGGUACAAGCUGCCAAACAAGCUGCCUUCCCACGCCGCCUUUGUCACAUCUUUAAAAGCUUUGCAUCUUUUUGGAAUCAUUCUGUGCAUUUUAGCGCCUUUGAGACCUCCACGUUUGCCUCUGAUCUUUUCUUAAAGGUAGCUAACUUUGGAAGUAGAGCAUUUACUAUUUAGUAAAAAAAAACAAAUGCAUUGAAGGAUUCUGUGAACCACAGAUGUUACACAUUUACAUAUGCUAAA